GCACGGGUCCCUGUCAGUUCUCAGCUAGACCUCAGCGAGAGAAGUUCUGCGGUGCAGCCCGCUCUCGUGGUCAGCUCCCUCACCUCCCCAGCCUCUCCCUCCGCAAGCUCUCUGCUUAACCCUUCUUCGCGAGAACUUGAGUUAAGUCUCGAGAGAGUCGCGCAGGUGUUUGUUCUUGGUUCAUGACGCCGUGUUGAAUCACCAAGGGACCUGAGAUACUCUCGGCUUCUUGCCAAAGACAUUGCUCACAACGGAAGACGCAGAACCGUACGAGUUUGGCGCUUUCCGUUCACCAGAGAGACAAAGUCCUCGCCCAGUGCAGAUUCCACAAGUGCUUCCCUUCGCCUUGUAGGAGUGACUUGAGUCGAGGCGCGGAGAGAGAGACACGCAGGGGAGAUGGAGAACUUCAAAGACAUGUUCAGCACCAUCGAGGAGCGGGUGGAGCCGCAGAGCGCCCAGCUGACGGGCGAAUUGCCGGCGUGGCUAAGAGGAAAUCUCAUCAGAGUCGGCCCCGGGAAAUUUGACUUCGGAGACUUCACACUCAACCAUUGGCUGGACGGAAUGGCCAUCCUUCACAAAUUCCACAUCGACAACGGCCAGGUCACCUUCCGGUCUAAGUACCUGCGCUCGGAUUCCUACAAGAAAGCGUGCAUCGCCCAGCGUCCGGUGUUCACGGAGUUCGGCACACACUGCUUCCCUGACCCCUGCAAAAACAUCUUCUCCAGGAUGUUUUCCCAAUUUGAGAUGACAGACAACGCCUCCAGCAGCGUGGUUUUGAUGGAGGACCAAGUGUUCGUGUCCUCAGAAACAUGCUAUAUUAGGAGGGUUGACCCAGCCACUCUCGACACCAAGGAGAAGGUCGACCUCAACAAACUGAUGAGUGUCAACUUUGCCUCCUCACACCCCAUCACUGACUCCACGGGCACCACCUACAAUCUUGGCUGCUCCUUCCUCAGCGGCCCCAAGUAUCACAUCGUGCGCGUGCCGCCCUCAAACAACUCCCACAAUCUCACAGGAUCAGACCCCUGGCUCAACGCCAAGACGCUGUCCACCAUCAGCUCCAGCUGGAAGGCGUGCUACGGUUACUACCACAGCUUCGCCAUGAGCGAGAACUACGUCGUGUUUCUGGAGCAGCCGCUGCUAGUCAGUACCCUCAAGCUGGCCACUGCACAGCUCAAGAGCCGCUCUCUCAACGACUGCUUCGAGUGGCACCCUCAAGAGAAGGUCAAGUUCAUCGUGAUCCGCAAGUCAACAGGCGAGGUGGUGAAGACGCGCUACGUGAGCGAGGAAGCCUUCUUUGUGUUCCACCACGUGAACGCCUACGAGAUAGACGACAAGCUGGUGGUGGACGUGGUGGCGUACCCACGGCCUUCCAUCAUCGAGAAGUUGUACCUCAACAAGGUGAGGAUGAACCAGUACAGCAGCGAGGACCCCCCGCAGCUGAAGAGGUUCGUCCUGCCUCUCAUCAGUGACCGCGACCUGCAGAAUGCCCAUGACGGAGAAGAGUUGGCUUCUCUUCCCAACUGCUCCGCCUCGGCAGUGAAGGCGCGUGGCGGUCAGAGCGGCGUCUAUGUCAGCCUCACAGGGGCAGGCAUCGGCGAGCCUGGCUUUGACAUGCCAGUGGUCAACAAGAAGUACACGGGACAGCAGUACCGCUACGUGUACGGCACCGGCGGGUACGACCAGGGAUAUUUCAAGAACGCGAUCUGCAAGAUGGACGUGGAGACGGGACAGUCCUUGGUGUGGCGAGGCACCGAGCACCAGUACAUCGCCGAGCCCACCUUCGUGCCCUCGCCUGACGCUAUCGACGAGGAUGAUGGAGUGCUGCUGCUAUCCGUGGCUGACGUACGCAAGGGCGCUCCGGACUUCCUGCUGGUGGUGGACGCGAAGACCAUGGAGGAGAUUUGCCGCGCCACCAUAGACGCUCCUUUACCCUGCAGCAUUCACGGCGUCUUCCUCCCUGAUAGAUACUAGCGAAGGAGACCAUUUAGUGUGGGAGGCGGUUGUAUUAAAUUGUUCGAUUAUACUGUUGCCUGCAUUGUGAUUCGCUUGUAAUUCGCGAGUUCGUGGCUUGAUGAUGCGCUGUGUUCUGGGCGUGAUUGCAUCGCGGCCCAGCACGUGUGUGUCUUGCCGCGGCCUUCGCCCCAGCUGCUCCGACUCGAGUGGCGGGGCGAUGUCAAAGCUGUGAUGAUUAUUGUUAUGAAUGUUGUUGCUACUCGCGCCCCUGUCUGGCCCGACGCCCCCUCUUCUCUCUCUCUCUCUCUCUCUCUCUCUCUCUCUCUCUCUCUCUCUCUCUCUCUCUCUCUCUCUCACACACACACACACACACACACACACACACACACACAGACUGUCAUCAUCUAUCUUCUCCAUCUCGUCUUUUUUCAGUUUCAGUUGUUCACCUUAUCUUCUCACUCAGCUUCAUAAUCAUCUGUACCUCCCACAAAUUUCGUGUAGGAGUUGUUGAACAUGACAAUCACUUCUCGGGCGUCAUCUCAACCUUUCCUAAACCCUCGGCCAGACUAGGGCGCGACGAGUUAGGUCCACAGAAUGCUGCACCGGGUAAAGAAGAGCCUCCAGGCAUCCACGUCCACUUGGAAAUAGGUUUUGGUCACAAACACAAAUCAGAGAUGGAGGUUGGGAGAAGAAAACGAAUCGUCUCAUCCUGACUGGGGAGACUAAAACCAUAAGUUUCUAUAAACUAUAUUAUAGGCUGAAGUGAAACAAUAUUGAAUAUGAAGACAAUGUUUCUAGAAGACUUGUGGAGGAGAUAGUGUUGCGGUCACGGACUUCCUGAGAAGACCAGUGACCAACAACACACGAAUCUUCCCGGAAGUCUUCACGCUGCUGUUGCUUGGCAGCUUCCUUCUUCGCCUUCUGCACGUCAUCUUGGCUGACAUAGAUUAUUGGAGCCGUGCCGCGACCCGGACGUGGGCGAGACAAGGCACGACAUUUUGGGCAUUCCGAGGUGACGCGGGUGGCCGCGUGUGGCAGGCUACCCGUCCAGUGGCAUUAUUGUGUUGAGCCUUGCAGCAGCCAGUCAGCCCGGGACUGUCUGAUCGCCACCUUCCCGGAGAUGACUGGCUGGCGACGCAACACUCGCCUAGUGAAGCUUUUGCUUAUUUCAUUUAUUUAUAUUUCUUCUGCAUCUCUUCUUUAAUGUAUUUAAUUAUUUUUUUAAUGUUAUUUCUAUCUUAUAAAAGAUCUUUAUAAGCAACUUCCCGGGAAUGUGACGCGCCAGGACACAGCCGCGCCUGUCCCCGCCGGUCCGCACCGCAGGGCUGAGGCGGCAAGGCGACCUACUGUUUUGGCUCACCGCGCCCCGCCUCGCCCACACGCCCGCAGUGUGGGCGUGUGGGCGAGACGGGGAGCGGGAAGGGCAUUAUAUGGCUCUCUCCCGCCGGGGACACCCUUGCCCUGAGGUGUUUAGGGAUUGCGGUGCCCUGCGGGAGGGACGCCUUCGGGAGGGCUAAAAAAUUAUAAUAAACGCAGUUGUCAAAUA